AUGCGUGAUGCUAGAGUUGAGGAACUGGAACAAAAAAAUACGAUAGUGGAACAGGGUGUUACUUCGGUAUCUGUACAGCCACAGAAUGAUGAGGAGGUGCUGUUAUCUAUAGAUAUUCCAAUAUCAGCUGUUAAUGUACCUAGUUUUGUUAUGGAUCAGAAAUCAUCAGAGAGGAAACCAGAGGCGAUUGCAAAGCGAUCGGUACCGGCCGAUAGGGAGAUGGAUAUUUUUUGGAUGAGGUACAUAAGAAAAAGUUCGGUGGAUAGAGUAAAAAUUCAUUAUUAUUGGCCACAGAUUGGAACCUAUUUCCAAAAAGCGCGCAAUAAGCGUUUAAUUUAUCCUUUCCUUCCUUGCGUUGUUGUAAGAAGGGACAUUUUCCUUGAAAUCUGCGACGUAAUUCCGACCAAGUUCAAGAUCAUGAGAUUGAUGCUGUCUAUUUUGCUGAUGAGCGAAUCAGAUGAAGAAGAAAAAGAAGUAGAAGAAGAAAGCGAAAAAAAUAAGGAAAAACAAAAUGCCAGAAAUCCUACUUAA